AUGCCUCAUACCGAUAAGAAACAAUCAGGACUGGCCCGUCUUUUGGGGUCUGCCUCUGCAGGCAUAAUGGAAAUUGCUGUUUUCCAUCCCGUGGACACCAUUUCCAAGAGACUGAUGUCCAACCACACCAAAGUUUCCUCCGGCCACGAACUGAACCGUGUCAUUUUCCGUGACCACUUCAGCGAACCCUUGGGCAAACGUUUGUUCACCUUGUUUCCAGGCCUUGGUUACGCUGCAUCGUACAAAGUUUUGCAAAGAGUGUACAAAUAUGGUGGUCAGCCCUUUGCUAACGAGUUUUUGAAUAGACACUACAAAAAGGAUUUUGAUAGUAUAUUUGGUGAGAAAACUGGUAAGGCAAUGAGGUCUGCCACUGCUGGUUCUUUGAUUGGUAUCGGUGAGAUCGUUCUUUUACCGCUGGACGUGUUAAAGAUCAAGAGACAGACUAAUCCGGAAUCUUUCAAAGGUAGAGGUUUCAUCAAGAUUUUAAGAGACGAAGGUUUAUUCAACUUGUAUAGGGGUUGGGGUUGGACAGCUGCUAGAAAUGCCCCCGGUUCAUUUGCCCUUUUCGGUGGUAAUGCAUUUGCCAAGGAGUAUAUUUUGGGUUUGAAGGAUUACUCCCAGGCAUCGUGGUCUCAGAACUUCAUUUCCUCCAUCGUCGGUGCUUGCUCUUCUUUAAUCGUUUCUGCCCCGUUGGAUGUCAUCAAGACAAGAAUUCAGAACAAAAGCUUCGAUAACCCUGAAAGUGGACUCAAAAUUAUCAAGAACACUCUGAAAAACGAAGGUAUCACUGCGUUUUUCAAGGGUCUAACUCCUAAAUUACUGACAACGGGUCCAAAAUUGGUCUUCUCAUUCGCGCUGGCUCAAUCCUUAAUCCCCAAGUUCGAUAACCUGUUGAGCAAAUGA